UUGUUUUUUUUUCAACAUUUUUUAUCGCAGUGCGAAUGACAGUCCGAGAGGGACAUAGACACCUUCCAUAUAGUACAAGCCAUCGAAGAAUUGACUCCAUGGAAGUUGUAGAUAGCCCGCUCAAUCUCGCUCAUCAGCAGUGCAGGAAGGCAGACCGUUUGCUAGUGGCUGGAAAGUUUGAAGAGGCCAUCUCGUGCCAUGGAAAAGCAGCAGAUCUUUUGACAGAUGCAAUGAAGACAACAGAGUGUGAGCAGGCUCGUCUAUCCAUGGAGCUGCAGAGGGACAGCCAUAUCAAACAGCAGAGACUGAUCCAAGAGCGCUGGAAGAGAGAGGCUCGUCGUGAGGCAACAAAGGCCCGACCUGGACCAGUGCAUCCCUCCAGCGGCCCAGCACUCCUUACCCAAACCCAGUCCACAGGCCAGUUCCAUGGCUCCACAGGCCUCUCAGCUAGAGAGUGUGGAGGAAUCAGGGAGAGAGAAUACGACACCUUGCUCUACCAGCUUCAAACACGGCAGAGUGGAGGCUGCCAGCCUUUGACUCCACCGUGCCCCGGGUCUAAGACCACGAAAGACGACAAAACUCGCCUGGAGGAACAACAGACCACCAUUGAGGACCUGCGGCGCCUGGUCGACCACCUGAUGGACGAAAACCAGCGACUGGCGGCCGACAACGAGCGACUUCAAUCGGAAAAUGCCCGGCUGCGCUCCGAGGCAGCCGAGGCAGCAGACUUUGUCGAGCGUUCGGAGCUCUGGGUGCUGCCGCAAGCAGGUGGCGCUAUGGGAACAGCGGGCGGGCAGGAGAGGAAAAGCACAGGGAAGGGGAAGGAGAUAGCAAUCCCUCAGCUGCCUCCGCUAGAGAUGCCAGCUCAGGAAGAUCUGUGUCUGGAUGACCUGCCUCCUCUGGAGCUGCCAGAGGACAUCCAGAAUGAACUACAGGAGCUACUGGACAGGGAUAAACUGUGACAAGAGACAUCUCUCUCCCACACACACAUACAUACACACACACACACACACACACACACACACACACAGGUGAGUGUGGAUGCCAAAAUGUUUGACACCUGAAACCCACAGGCUCUGUUUGAUCAGACCUCUGCAUAAGUUACAAGUGGACAGAGCCAUCAUGAAUAUUCCAUGAGAACAAUAGAGGUGCAGCAAAACGGUGAGGGAGCUGUCAGUCAUCUAGUGUUCUAAUCUGUAAGAUUAAGUGAUAACACCUACAUCACUAAUAUAAUGCAACCUAAAUCAAAGAUUAAGGAAUAGUUCACCCACAGAUAAUUCUCAGUGAGGUUGUAUGUCAGCAUGUCGUACAGAGAGCUCUGUAUCGGCCUUCAGGAAACCACAUGUCCAUUCUUGGCCUUAAGAAAUGCAGUUUGGCAAAAUGAUUCUUAAAUCAAGGUCCAUUUAGUGGCUUUUUCUAGAGCUUUCAACCACAUCUCACCACCUUCCUCUCUAUUCUUGUAUCACUGAACAUGCAUGUUUCGGUCAUUGGAUAAGUGCCAGGCUCUUUUCAUGGCAAUUGAGCUAAGACUAUGAGAUGCAGUUGAUAGUGGGUAGAUGGAUGUUGAUGUUAAGCUAACAAAAUAUGCUUUACGUAGUGUCUGGACGUAGCCAUUAAGUCUAAACAACAUAGGCAGCAUAAUUUGUGUCUAUUGAAACAAAAUGAUAGUGCUUUUUUCCUUGAGUAAAUUAUUUACGAAAUGUUCUAGAGAUGUUAGUACAAUAGCAAACAUAUCAUUUAAAAAGCUGCUGGAAAUAUUGUAUUGGGCAGUAUCACUGUGCCAAUGGCUGUAGAGAUUGAUUAAUGCAAAAUGUAGAUUAGGUAAUGAAUGUUCAAUUAGCAGCAAUAUUACAUUGGUUCAUUAUUACGUUUGUUCUCUAAUUUAUGUUAUUACAAAUGGCAAUGUGAUUGUCCAUCACAACUUUUUUUACGUACUGUAAUAGAACCUGGAAAUUCUGUUUUCUUUGGCUCUCUGUAGGGAAGGAAGAGGAAACACGCACCAAUUUAAAACACACCAUUACCUGAAACAUUAUGAGCUGAAAAGACUGAACUUGCCUGUUUCUGUCGUACGCUUUUCUUUAAAAUGAUCUGACAUGAUAUGUGUCUAGUUAAGGACAAAUGUUCUUCCAGGAAGAUAAUAGGAGAUAAUCAUGUAAUCAUAGAUUUUUUUUAGCAAAAUAGUUACAUUUCAAAAUACUAAGUAUGCUGCUCGAGCUGUUUGGAGCUGUUUUCAGCAUUUCUGGUUAUUUUCUGUGUGAAGAACAAGGUCCCAGCAGCCUCAGUUGAAAUGAAGCAGUGCCAACACACUUGAUGCUACGCUGACAUACAGACUCCACACUGGAUAAAUGUAGAAUUUGUGGAUGAACUGUUCCUGUAGAGCAUCAUUGAAAGUGCUCAGCGCCAACUUGACCACCUAUUAACAAUGUCAGAGGUCUUGGUCUAAUCCUGCCACUCACACACAUAAAAUCAGGAUCAUGUGCCGUGUCAUUCAGACAUAGAAAAGCAUAUUGCUGUUGUUGAGGAAAAACUACAUUGCUGCAUUUUUAAAAAUUUUUCCUUUAGUGCACUUGAAUUAAAGGCUUCAAUGAUCAUUUGUGUGUAUAGUUAUUUUGUAUGAGCAGGCCUUUGACAUGACAUAGCUGCCAAUGAGAGAAUAAGCACUCGUUCUGAUUUUCUUGCAAAUUGGUGUUUUUGUACAACAACAGCAAUAUAAUAUAAUAUAAUCUACACGCGCGCUGAUGGCAUGAGCUAAAAGCUGAGGUUAAUGGGAAUGAAUCCUGAAGCACACACAGGUGAUAGAGCCUUGCAGACACAUCCAGUCACUGCUUGUUCACACUGCGAGCAACUAUGUUUUUCAAAUGCUGACAGACCUCAAGGUAUGCAACAGGAACAGGAUAUGUGCUGUUCAGAUAUCGCUCUCUGAUGACAAAAAGAAACCUGUGUUUUUGCCUGUUUUAGCCUUUUAACCUCAAUUGUGAGAAUUUUCUGACUCUCUGUUAAAUAUUUAAUUUAAAGAAUAAGUUACAAAACAAAUAAAUUUGACAGCAAGUAAUCUGGACACUGUGAUAAGUUUUUUUCUCUUUAAAACAAAAACAUGAAUUGAGAUUAAUUGGCAGACUAAUUGAUAAUGGAACUAAUAUUUGCAUCCCUACUUAAUUGUGUUACACAGUAGCACAUCAGGUUGUAGAGGCAUACUGAUUUGAACUGUAUUUGUAACUGUAUGUAACCAUGCAGUGAUGACUUAUCAAACGUGCAAAGUUAACUUUCAUACCUUAUGGUAGUGAGUGAAAAAGAGCUACCUGGAAGCCCAGCCAAGAGGAGCACACUCAGAAUCUGAAGCACUGUUAGAUGUAGUAAGUUAGUCAGCAUUAAGUUAAAUGGAAUAAAACGUGCAAAAAGAAACCGGUGUGGUCCUUUUAAGGCUGCAUUAAUCAAUUUCUGUUUGCUAGAGGGCUAAAGAUCUCUAACAAGUUGAUAAAGACAGCCUGCAUACAUUUGAAGUUGCAAGUCUGUUGUGGCAAACAUGGACUAUUUGACUAUCUACACAUCCAGCAGACAGCCAGUGUUUCUGGCCAUCUGAUGAAUGUUAGUCCAUUCACUUUAAGCUCUGUCUGUCAGUUUGAUGCUGGGCAGGUAGUGAGCAGGUGUUUAUGUGACAGCUCCCUGCAGUUAGGCAUGCUGAGAGCGUACAGACUGAAAAUACAGUAAAUGUGCUGUAAAACAAAACAAUGAACUACAAGAAGCUAAAUAGCUCUGCAGACUUGCAGAGUUGGUGAUAAUUUUGUGUGGGUUCAUGCCGAUGAGCCUCACAUUUCACAUUCGGUAAACAUUUGAUUCUGUGAUAACAUCAAAAAAAACGUCAUUAAUGCAGCUUUAACUGAACUGAGCUUUAAAUCUUAAAUCAGUCACAACUGUGAAACUUUGAAUGGAUGUAAUCAGUGGUGUGUUCAGUGAAGACGUGAUUGGCUGUUGACAGCUGUUGACUGUGUUGCUUGCAGUCUGAAUGCAUGUGGCAUGUGCAUGCAGACACCAUCACAUAUUUGGGGGCAUUUGUACAAACUCUUGGACUCACACUUAGAACUGUGUAUUUCCUUACUGGAACAAUAAUGGUUUGCAGGACUGGCUGCAAACCAGACAUUGUGCUGCGUUCACGACCUAUGCAAAACAUGAUAGAUCCACAUUUUCAACAAUAAAAUACUCAAAUAGUGUUUACCUUAGUUUUCUGCUGUUAAGUACUAAGACACACGUUUCUUAGUAAGGGUUGACGUUAGCAUUGACCCUAAAGCUGACAUGGGGACGACUGUAGACAAUGUUUUCUUUUUAAAUAAAGCUAAUUGAGUAAAUGAUUUUCAUCA